GGAAAAAAGGCGCAGAGCAACUUGGGAAGUGUAGUUCGGGCUGCGUAGCAAUGGAGUCAAGGUGGGAGUUGAGGUUCUGGGAAGCUUCAGAGGCCUGAAAAGAGAUUUCGACAGUGACUUUAAACUCCUAUAGCUCAGCACAGGAAGCAUCUGAUUAAUGAAUGAUUUACCCAUUUAGGACCAGCUUUGAUCCUGUGAAUAAUCUUGUGAACUGCCCGCAGCUCACCGGGUCUGACUUCAUUAUGCUGCGACGAAAGCCAACUCGCCUGGAGCUCAAGCUCGAUGACAUUGAGGAGUUCGAGAACAUUCGAAAGGACCUGGAGGCCCGUAAGAAACAGAAGGAAGAUGUGGAAGGUGUAGGAACUAGCGAUGGAGAAGGAGCUGCUGGGCUCAGCAGUGACCCCAAGAGCCGGGAACAAAUGAUUAAUGAUCGAAUUGGUUAUAAACCCCAACUUAAGACCAACAACCGCACAUCUCAGUUUGGAAAUUUUGAAUUUUAGAGAUGGAUUCUCUGACAUGCCAGACCCCGGGGACGGAAUACAAUGAUGACAGAAGUACAAACCAGAUUUAGAGAAUUAAGUGUGUGCAACCAAGCAGCAUGUUUUCUGUCUCCUGCAGGGAGAGAGAACUUCUGCAUGAAAUUAUUGCUGUUCAACCUUUCUGAUAGGCUGGAAGCCAAAUUCUGGCUUGUUCCUGGAAAAUUGGACUGCAGAAAGCUUACCUGAUUUUUUUUUUUUUAAAUAAAUAUAUUUUUGGAAAAAAGGUGAGACGUCCUUAAAGGUAGUAGCCCUGCUAAUCCUUAGCUCUGACAGGUAACCGCUACAAGUGACGCCAUUCUCCUUGUCUUUCCAAAAAGACUCCAGACCCAGAACACUUGCAGUUGAUCCACUGGACUUUGACUUGUUUAUUCAGUGUCUGGUGACUGCUGACCAUCCCGGAAGCAACAGCAAUCCCAGAUGCAUGUGCUCGGGCUGCAGCCCAGCACUUGGGAUGCUGAAGUAGGAAUCUCGAGAGUUGGAAGCUACUCUGAGCUACAGAGCGAAACCGUUUCAGAAUGUCAAAAAAAAAGCCAAACGAAACCAAGAUAAAGAUUCCUGGUGGAGACUGGAUUCUAAUGACCAAAUUGUCAUAAUCAGAUCCACUUACAGGAAGGCUUUACACAGGGGGAAACACAGCAGCUCUACCAGUGAGCGAUAUUCUGUUCUUCACUUGGGACUCUUAAGAAUGUUUGCACAGGACCCAUCUGAGAGCUGCUCUGGAUAGUUUUGCACCAUGCCCUAUUUUUACCAUAAAAUUCAGGGACGGAACCACCAGCUGUGGAAGCCAGAACAUCUGGAAUCAAGUUUCAAAGAAACUCCUUAGCUGGGAUUUACCCAGGAUUUUGGAGUUUGUGAGUGAUGUGAAUGGGAAGGUAGAGACAGAGGGUGAUGUGUAGUCCCCUCUUCCUGCUCCAAGCUUUUCUACAAAACCUUUAUUCCAGUUUUAUUGAUAACCCCUAAGUCCUGUUAUCUUCCUGUCUUAGAAAACAAUAAAACCCCCAAGACACAGGCUGUACAUAGACUCAUAUUAUUGUAGCCUUCAAAGGCCUUACAGGGGGCAAAGAAAAGAGAGAAAGAUAUGCCUGCUUCAGUUCUCCACUGCAACUCCGCAGUAGGACUUCCCGCAGUUGCUAUGCCUCCUGCAUGUCUUGCCUUUUGUACUUAUGCUGUCAUGCAGAGGGCUGUUUAAGACAGUGCUGAGGGAUUCAUGCAGAUUCUCUUAGUUCCUGAGAGGGCAUGCCAUUCUGAGUUUGCAGAAGGGAGCCAGAGCAAGGCCAUGAAAUGGUAGGAACCCACCGGGCAGCCUGCUUUCCAUGCCCAUGCAUCUAAUGGCCUCAGCUACAUUGCUUUCUUAGUUUUCUCAGCCGAGACUUCAAGAAAGCAGUGUGUGGGGGAGAAAACAUUUUAAGUUUCCAAGAAUUUCUAUGCUCUCUUAUUAACAGAAUGAGACAAUUAUUCAUCAGGAGACCAGGACUUAUUGCAAUUGCUAAUCUUUUUUGAGCACACAUAUAUUAUAUGUAUCAAUUCUGUGAUCCUUAGGAUGCUUGUUUCUGGAUUACCAACACCCAAGUCUAGUCAGGUGCUUGUAAAGACACUUUAUUCAGAAGAGUGACCAUUCAUUUUCCUGAAACCUUCAAGUAUAAUAUAAUCAGUACACAGUAAAAAUGUAAUAAGGCUUGGAUGCUUGUCUCAUGUGGGAUGCCUUACCUGUAUUGCUCUUGGUUUAAAUAGGUGCUAGUACUCCUUUGUGUGUAUGCACAUGCAGGGCAAGCUAGGGAUGGAACCCAGAGCUCAGAAAGGCACACUAGGCAAGCUCUCAACCAACUGAGCCACACCCAUAGCCAUUUGUUUUUGUGACAGGGUCUCACUGUGUUUGAAUCCCAGGCUCAGCUGCACUUAUGUCCAUGUGCACCCUGUCUCCACCUUCAUAGCUGGUUCUGAGAUCCCUGCUGCUACAGGGAGACAGACAGGCUGUGGGGUGUCUGCAAACACAAUACCCAAGUGUCAGGGUACACUUUAUUUCCUUACAGACCAGGUUGCUAGACUCUAGGACAGUGGAGGGCUUCUGGUGGGGCACAUCUGCCACCUCUGUGUAUCUCUCCUCACUUCCCUUAUGUCCUGAGUGGAACAUCUCUUUAGAAUUCCUCCCUUCUCCCUGCCACAAAGAACCAGAGAUUGGUGUUGGGGCCUGAGCUCUCAGAGCCUGUCAUGCUGCUGUCUGUAUUUUUAUGGUGCUAAUUAAUAAACUCUGGCCCAAAAGGA